AUGGCUCUACAGUCAAAUGUGAUUCCAUCUAGCCCAGAAAGAAUCCGCUCACGAGGGUACCAAAUGGAAAUGCUGGAUGAGAGCUUGAAGAGGAAUAUCAUCGUUGCGAUGGACACAGGCUCAGGAAAGACUCACAUUGCUAUACUGAGAAUUCGAUCCUACCUUGAAUCCGGUGGAGGUAAAUUAUGUUGGCUUCUGGUCCCAAGCGUACCAUUGGGAAAUCAGCAAUUCGAUGUUAUUAGGUCAUCUUUACCGCCUAUGAACAUCCAGUUCCUGAGCGGGAGCGAUAAUGUUGAUAAAUGGAAGACUCAAGACAUAUGGGAUCGGAUUUUGAAACUCCAAGAGAGCGCAUCAACGGUCGUUGUUAGUACGCAUCAGAUAUUACUAGAUGCGUUAACCCACGGGUUUGUGGGUAUCGAUAGGAUAGGAUUAUUGAUAUUUGAUGAAGCCCACCACUGUGCCGGCAACCACCCGGCAAACCGCAUCAUGCAAGACUUCUACCAUCCAAACCUCCAUCGUCAGGUCCCCUCGAUCCUUGGGCUUACGGCUAGCCCAAUUGUCAAGUCUAAGCCAAGACAACUGCAGGUGAUAGAGUCGAAUUUGAAUGCUAUAUCCAGAACACCGAUCUUGAACCGGGAGGAGCUAAUGGAGCAUGUCCAUACACCACUAUUGAAGAAGGUUACCCAUGAAGCAUCGCCCUCGAUUGAUCAGGUGGCGAACUCAAAACUUCAGGAUUAUAUAAAGUCUCCAGGUCUGGGCGGGAAGAGAGGGGGUAGUCCGGAGUAUAUCAGUCUUGAAGAACCCCCUGCUAUGAGGUUAAAGAUAACAGAGAAUGAUUAUAUCUCGAGGACAAGUUUAUCAAAAACCUCUGAAUGGUCUACACCAGCAUUUCGAACCUUAUUACAAGCUUAUACUUCCAUGAAUAUCAUGGAAGACCCGCGUGUUAUCACUCUCCUUGCUACACAGCCUCCUGAUCUAGAAAAAAUCAGGGAGACAAUCGAACACAAGAAAACUCGCUCAUUCCACCAAAUGCAUGGGAUUGUUAAGAAGGCCGAACACAUUAUCACAGAGUAUGGAAUUUGGGGGGCGGAGUGGUACGUUACUAUGAUUGUAAACAGGGCACUUGCAUCUAUAGAGGACGAAUCUGAGUCCUCCGUGCUGGCGGGGUGGGACGAGGAGGAGAAGAUCUAUUUUUGUAAUGUGCUGAGGAAGGUGACAGUGACGACAGAGCUCAGAGAUAUAAGAUGGGGGAUUACGGACAAAGUAGCACGACUUAUCGCGUUGCUAGUCGCAGAGUUUAACGGAAAGAGUGGAGGAAACCAAUUUUCGGGCUUGGUAUUCGUGGAGCAGAGGGUGGGGGUGUCGGUAUUGGCGGAGAUUCUGAGGGAGCAUCCAGAUACACGAGAGAUCUUUGAUGUUGGGACAUUGGUUGGAACAUCUGAUAAUUCUGCGAAAACCGGAAGGCUUGUAUAUGAGCCCACCACAUUACAGGAGCAGAAAGGGACAAUUGAAGGGUUUAGGCGAAAAACAAAGAAUAUCGUCAUCUCGACCAGCGUUGUAGAGGAAGGCUUGGAUAUCCCGGCUUGCCACUUGGUGGUUUGCUUCUCGCUGCCCAAAAAUGUCAAGAGUUUUAUUCAAAGGCGAGGAAGAGCGCGGCAGGAGAAGAGCACAUACUAUCUUAUGUUUGAGGAGGGAUCAGAUACAAGAGAGAAGAUUGCAAAGUUGGAACAAUUGGAGCGAGAAAUGAUCCAGGAGUACAUGGAUGAAACCAGGGAGCUUGAAAAGAGGCUAAACAGGGAAGAAGGCGAGCCUGAUGAAGAUGGUGUAAUAAGUGAGGCGGAAAAUAGAAAGUUUCUAGUGAAAAGCACUAAUGCGCUCUUGACUCUGGGUUCAGCGCUGACGCACCUGCAUCAUUUUUGCAAUACAUUACCAUACACUGAGUUCACCGAUCUCCGUCCGAUCUUUAAAACGGAAGCUGUUUACCCCUCUGGGGGAUUUUUUGACGCGGACAAAGUUCACUAUCGAGCUGAAGUAAUGCUGCCAAACUCUGUCCCUCAAAAUGUCCGGUGUGUUGUAAGCAAAGAAACAUGGGCAAAAAAAGGCUUGGCUAGGCGGGAUGCAGCUUUUGAAGCAUAUCUUGCUUUAUAUAAGUUGGAAGACCCACUUAUUAAUGAUAAUCUGCUGCCUCUUGUUGCGGUUAGCGAAGACACGAAGAGUAUGCCAGAUACCGAGCUUCCUCCGGCCUUGGAUCCAAUCCGGAGAAUUAUUGAUCCAUGGGCAGACACGAACUGGGCAGAGGCUUCAAUGAUAUAUGCUACUCCAAUCAUACUUACUAUGCCGAGCAAGGAGCUGGUUAAGAUCAAUAUAUUUACGACCAUGGAAUGCCCUAAUAUAGAAACAAUCCCGAUCUUUUGGACAAAGGUCGAGAAAGGAGAGAUUAGCUUGGGUCAAUCAUACCCUCUUUCCGUCGACCAGAGUUUUGUGGAAAAAGCAAAAAAAAGGACAUAUGAUCUCCUAUACACGGUACACGCAGCCAAAAUGGAGACCAAUGUGAUGGAAUUUCCAUAUCUGUUUUCUUGGGGUGAUGGGGCUCAAUUAUGGGGAGAGGAAGGCGGCAUCAAUAUCAGUGCAUACGAUGCGUACAAAAACUGUGUCCCACCGGGGGACAUGGGAAUCAUCCGAGAAGCUGGCCAGGAACAUUCAAGAUAUGUAUUCAUUCAAUGGAGGACUGAUAUAUCCCCAUUAGAGGAUAUGCAAAUACUCGAGAAGUACAAAGGCAGGCCAAUCGAUCCAGACCAGCCAGUUAUGGAAGUUCAUAGGCUAUCCCAUCGACGCGACUUCCUUCAUCAAACACUCUAUGAGUUGAACACAGCGCCAACCUUUCUACUUCCCCAGUACUGCACUGCCGAUAAAAUCCCGUGGCGAUACUCUCAAUUUGCGCUUUUUGCACCUGGUAUAAUUCACCGAAUUGGCUUAACUUUGAUGGCUUCAGAUAUCCAGAACUCUCUACUUUCAAGCGUAGGUUUCAAGUCAGUCAAUAACGUUCUUACCGCUCUAUGCACCUCUUCCGCGAGGGAGCUACAUGACUACCAACGACUAGAGUUUCUUGGCGACUCGGUAUUGAAAUUUCUGGUUUCCAUCAAUUUACUCGACGAGCAUCCAUCAUGGCAUGAAGGCGUCCUUUCUAUGAAGAAGGCAAAAAUAAUAUCCAAUUCCACGCUGGCUAAGGCAGCACAGGGAAAGGGCUUGGCUCAAUGGAUCAUCUCCGAAGAAUUUACCGGGGCUAAAUGGAGUCCCAAAUACAUCCAUUCAGCGAAUGAAGAAUGUGCCAAGAGGAUGCCGAACGAUUGCCCCCCUUCUGUUAAGACCCUAUCAAGAAAGGUAUUGGCGGAUGUCGUUGAGGCACUCAUUGGAGCAGCGUAUGUUGAAGGGGGCUAUGACCAGGCACUGAGAUGCAUCGAUGUCUUUGGUUUAGAUUUGGCCCUGAAACCGCUCCAAAGCAGAGCGAGCUCCUUGUUUCACAAAGCGGGAAAAGCUCCACCCGUCAAACUCACAUACUUAAAAGGCCUACAAGACCUUCUCGGCUACCAGUUUAAACACCAAUCGCUCCUUCUCGAAGCGGUCACUCACCCUUCCUCGGAGUUACCCUCGCCGUCCUAUCAACGUCUCGAGUUCCUCGGAGAUGCGAUACUGGACAUGUUAGUAGUUGAUGAGCUCUACCAGAGUCCGAAAAAUCUCCCGCCAGUUUCCAUGCACCUCUACAAGAGCUCAGUCGUCAACGGCGGUCUUUUAGCAUUCCUGUCCAUGAGCCGCUCCACCAGCGAGAAAAUACCCACAGUAGAAGAGUCUCGUGGUGUCUUUAAUGUCAUAGAUGUAGAACAAGAGGCCAACAUCUGGGACUACGUCCAGCUCUCCCACCCAGAGAUGAUCAAAGCAAGAAAACGAUUUUUCCACCAAUACGACCGCUCGCGGCUCCAGAUCCUCACAAUCCUAGCGGAGGGUGACCGCUACCCAUGGGCCGAGAUCGCACUUCUCGAAGCAGACAUUAACGGUAAGUGUAAGCUAUUUGCGGACAUGUUUGAGGCCAUCGUCGGGGCCAUGUUUGUCGAUUCCGGAGGGGACUUUGAGGUUGCCAAGGCACUGGCAGAACGAUUUGAUAUCUUCCGCGUGCUGAGGAUAUUCUUGGAGGAUGAAACGAAUGUCAUGCAUCCGUUCACCCGGCUGAAUGAGGCUGCGGCACGAUUAGGGAAGGGCGCUGUCGAGUACGAGUGUGUGGAGGUGGACGGGGUGUACGCGUAUACGACGUCGAUAAGGGGCAUAAAGGUGGCAGUGGCCGAGUCGACGAAUGAAUUACAUGCGAAGGUGUUGGCCGCCGAGAAGUCGCUGGAGACGCUGGAGCGGGCAGAAAGAUGUGCGAAGGAAGGAGCGCAGGAGGAACGGCCGGAACCGGAGGUGGAGAGUCCGAGGGAGGAUGUGAUGGAGAUUGAUGACGAGCCGCAAAUCAUACUUCGGACGGAUCUUUUCGAUUAG